CCGUUCAGAAACCAGGACGCGUGCGCGCUCGAGCCUGCAACAGCGCCGCCACGCGCGACUCGACGCGAAAAGCCGUUUGAGACGAAGCCCGCCCUGCCGGUCACUGCGCAUGCGUGAAGCCUGGACCGCGGCUGCAAAUCUCAGACUGUUUUAAAAUAUAAACAAAACGAUUAACUGAACCUUCAGGGACUGCAUAAAAAUGGCUGAAUUUACUAACUUGUAUGCAUGUUUCAAAUACUUGAUGAUGUUCUUCUCUGGAGUCAUUUUUAUUGCGGGCGGUGUGUUGUUUGGACUAGGCCUCUGGAUUAAAUAUGGAGCAGGCUCCUUCAUACAAGCUAUAGGGUCUUUCUCAACACAGUUUAUCAAUAUUGGGUACAUCUGUAUCGGUGUUGGAUCUGUGCUUGUAGUCAUUGGUCUUAUUGGGUGUUGUGGAGCAUGGAAAGAGAACCGAUGCCUUCUUCUGCUAUUCUUUUGCGUAGUUUCAAUUAUAUACAUUGCUGAGGUUGUUGGAGCUGUGCUCAUCUUCAUCUAUAAGGAUAUAGUGGAGUCUGUUGUGCGUAACACCAGCCGGGACUCCUUAAUGAAUGCCUACGCUGGUCCUGUCGCAACAGAUACAAUAUCGCAGUCAUGGAACCUCAUUAUGUUAAAGUAUCAUUGUUGUGGGUUCGAUAACUAUACAGAUUUCACUGGAUCCCAGUUCAGUACCUCCACAGGGCUGUCUUACCCCAAGACCUGCUGUGUGAACCUAAAAGAACCAGCAUGUGAUGGAAAGAAUAUGAAAACGACUCUCAUUCAUGCAAAGGGUUGUUUCCGAACGAUGAUUUCAGUGAUUCAGCAACAAAGCACGAUUAUUGGUUCGACGGCAGCUGGAAUUUGCGUACUAGAGGUGGGGACUAUGAUCGUGUCCGCGGUCUUGUUUGUAAGAAUUGGACAACCUAGAAAAGAGGACUAAUAGCAGAAGACAUUCCAGGAUGUUUUCUGAAUACUUGCACAGUUUCUUCACCUUUUCCAAAGCAGUUCUUACUGUUUAUUUAGUGAUUUGACCCCCAGUGACCAUUGUGCUGCUUAUGCAGUUUCAAACGAUACAUACAAAAAUGUAAUUGCUUUAAAACAGAUUAUUUUUCCCCUUUUGUAUUCUGUUUAUCGUUGUAGGUCUGUUUUUAAAUAAUACCAAUAAAUCUGGUGGUACCUCUUCAAAUUGCCGACUAAAGAAAUGAAAGAACCCCUCUCUUCUGCACAGCAGAAUGGAUGUUAUUUAUUUGAGACGUCAUUCAUGCAUUGAUUUCCUUUGCAUCUUUUUCAUACAGUAAUUUAUAGAUUCUGUUACAUGAGUGAAUACAAACAUGGUCAUUUUAGCCACCAAAUACAUUUCAAGCACUUUCAAUAUUCAAAUAUUAGUCUCACCACUAAUUUAUAUUAAAAACAAAGGUUUCUAGCUUUUUAAACGGCAGCUUUAACUUUUUAAAUUGUAUGUAUCUGUGUAAGUCUUUGUAAUAUUUGUUAACAAAAUACUUAAUAAACGUUUGUUAUAUAUUGCAUAGCAUUUUACAACUUAUUUUAUGCUGUAAGACUUUUUUUGGAGAAAACAUCUUACUUGGUAAAGCAUGGGAAAUAUCGAUCAAAUAAG